AUGAAAAAAAAUGAUGAAUCUUCCGUUUUUGUCACGUUUGUUGCUUACAAAAUCUUUCACAUUAAUGCCCCCAAACCCGAAGAUUUCAUCCCAAUUCCCCUGGAUCCCGACUGGUCCACGAGGCAACUGCUGGCUGCUCAGUAUGGCUCCUCGGGUCUUCCAGAUCUGCGCGCCCGCUGCGGGGCCAUCCGCACAUGUGGGGGCCGAUGGCCGCAGGCCUUGCAACUCUUGGCGGACUGCUCCCGGGACUCCCUGGAGGCGAACCUCAUCAUUUUCAGCGCUGCGAUCAGCGCCUGCGAGAAAGGGAAUGCCUGGCAGCAUGCCAUCCACUUACUUUCGCAAGUGGUCCUGGCGAUGCAAGCGGACGAAAUCAUCUUUAACGCUGGCAUCAGUGCCUGUGCCAAGGGCUCACAGUGGAUGCAGGCGCUGCAACUUUUCAUUAGCAUGGAAGACUUCCGCGUCGUCCCCGACGUCAUCUCCUGCAAUUCGGUGUCCAGUGCGUGCGAGAGAAGCCAGCAGUGGCAGAUGGCCCUGUGUUUGUUGUUUGACAUUGACCGAAGAGAGCUUGACGCGACAAUUAUCAGCUACAACACCGCCAUCAGCUCUUGCGGCCAAAGUGCUCAGUGGUUGGUGGCCCUUGAGCUUUUCCAAAUUGCACAGGAGCGGCGGCUGGAAAGCACAGCGGCAUCUUUCACGGCGGCCAUUUCAGCCUGUGAUGCAGGUGGCUCCUGGGAAGCUGCGGUGCUGCUGCUCUCCGCGUCUUCAACGCAGCCGCGCCUGGCCGUGUGCAACGCUGCCCUCAGCGCAUGUGGCAACAGCGGGCGCUGGCAGCGAUCCCUUGAAAUCUUCUCGCAGAUGCCAUCGCAAGAGCUAUCUCCAGACAUCAUUAGCUACGGUGCGAUGAUGAGUGCUUGUGAGAGAGCGGCCCAGUGGGAACUGUGCCUUGCCUUCUUCCAAGAUCUUGGGAAUUCAUCGAAUAUCAUCACCUUUGGUGCGGCGAUCAGCGCCUGCGCGAAAGGCGGUGAAUGGCAACGGGCGCUGUUGCUGUUGUCCCUGGCGAGAGCGAUGUCGUUGAAAGCGAACCAUGUCGUUUACAAUGCAGCGAUCAGCGCCUGUGAAAAGCGUGGUCAAUGGCAAGUGGCUUUGGUGCUGUUGAAUCAGCUGCAAACGGAGGAGGAAAGUUCCGCUGACGUGAUCAGCUACAGUGCGUGCAUCAGCGCCUGCCAGGAGGAAGCAGAGUGGAAGCAUGCGCUGCAACUACUCCAGGCCAUGAGGUCUCAAGAUUUAGGGCUAUCGCUGGUGGCAUACUCUGCAGCAUGCAGUGCUUGUGCCAAAGCUUUCCAGUGGCAACGUGCUUUGUCCCUGUUCUCCGCGCUGCGCGGAGGCCAGCCCUUGAGCCUCGCCAGCUACGACGCGGCGCUCGAGGCCUCGGUCCGCGGCCGACGGCUGCAGAGUGCUGUGGAGAUCUUCGGGCAGAUGCAACGGGACGCCUUGGAGCCAGACUCCUUUGUGUACGAAUGCAUGGUGGGGGUUUGCGAGAAGAGCUUCCAAGGUGAGCAGGCACGCGCACGACUGAUGGAUUUGGAGAGCAUUGCCAUGUUUGGAACACGACUUUUUUCGCAAAAAGGUCCUGGUUUUCUUGAUGCAUCGGGAAGUUUUUUUCCGGAUGUUUUUUGCUGCUUUUUUUUCUGCAUGAUUUCCGGGUUCCCAACUCUGAUUACUAUAGCAACUACAUUACCCAACUUCUGCACAUCAGGACCACAAAGUAGCUGCUUCAAGCAUGACAUCACUCAACAGACAAACAUAUUGCACAAUUGUAGGCCAUAUUUUUUUGCGGCCGAAGGUAGUUCACCUUGA